GGGCCUGACGGAGACCAUAAAUUGGGAGGUCCACGCUGGUGCAGCCUCAUUCAGGACUCAACAUGGAGCUCAGGGGACUUGGUGUGCUUCUGGGAAUUCUGCUUCUCAGCCGGAGUUCCUCCCAGCAGAUCUCCUCCAGAAGGGCGACGAAGAAAGACACGACGAAGGACGCUGCCAUCGUGGAGCUGCAGAAGCAGAUCAAGGACAUCGUGCAGGAGCUGAACCUUCUGAAGGAGCAGCAGGCCCUCCAAACAGUUUGCUUAAAAGGCACGAAGAUCCACAGGAAGUGCUACUUGGCCGACCCCGUGAAGAAGCGCUACCACACCGCCAGCGAUGACUGCAACGCCCUGGGCGGCGUCCUCGGCACGCCCACGUCCGCCGACGAGAACUCCCAGCUCGGGGAGUACCUCCGGCAGAGCGUGGGCCCGGACGAGCAGGUCUGGCUGGGCAUCAACGACAUGAUGACCGAGGGCGCCUGGGCGGACCAGACGGGCCUCACCAUCUCCUACACGAACUGGGACACGUCCAACUCCCGGUCCCGUCAGCCCAACGGGGGCAUGUCCGAGAACUGCGCCGUCCUGUCGGGGGCCUCCCAGGGGAGGUGGUUUGACGAGAACUGCCGCGAGGAGAGGCCUUCGGUCUGCCAGUUCAACAUCGUGUGACCACCGUCACAGAUCUGUCCUUCCAGCUGCUCUGUCCUCUCAAACCAGUGGUUCUGAAUGAGACGCCCCAUAGUUUAGACAAAAGCCAUGUGCUGGUGUGUCAUUUGCAGCAUUUUUAUGGUCGUCAUAAAAACCAGGUGGAAACAUACGAGGCCAGCUCAGUAUCAUAAUUCAGAAAUGCACAAAUCUAGAAAAACUGAAGGAACCUGGAGCUGUUUCACCCAUUUCUGUACACAAAAGUAAAAGUAUGAAUGUAAUGUUAAAGUUUAAGGUUAGCUGGUACUAACCAGAGACUUUCCAUUUGGUUGAAAGUGCUUUUUUUUU